GAGGUAGGCGGUUCCUCCCUAAACUCUCAGCCAGUGGAGAGUCGCGCUUGUCCGCGGGUUGUUCCCGGCGGAGCACCGUCGGCAGGGACUCACCAUAACCACGUGGGCUCACCAUAACCACGUGCCACUUGGCGCUGACGUGGAUCGUUAGAUCGAAGCUAGAGGAGCGAGAGGUGGUGACGAUGGGGCGGGAGGAGGAGAUGAGGAUGGAGAAGGAAAAAGAGCGCCCGCGCGAGCGUGAGAAAGACAAGGAAAGCAGGAAAGAGAAGGAGAGAUUCGGAAGAGAGGAGGGCGAGAGAGGGGAGAGAGAGAAAGAGAGAGAGAGAGAGAGGGGGAGAGAGAAGGAAAGAGGGAAAGACAAGGAGAGAGACAAGGAUAGGGCAAAGGAUCGCGAUCGGACGAGAGAUAAAGAGAAGGAUAAAGAAAGAGACAAGGAGAAGGAAAAGGAAAAGGAGAAGGAAAAGGAGAAAGAAAGGGAUAAGGAAAGGGAGAAGGAUAAGAACCGAGAGAAGGGGAGGGAGAGGGAGAAGGAUGUGGAGAGAGAGGAGCGUGAGAAAGAGCGGGAAAAGGAAAAGGGGAAGGCGAGGGAUAAGGAGAAGGACAGAGAGAGGGAAAAGGAUAAGGAUAGAGAUAAGGAGAAAAGCAAGGGAAGGGAGAAAGAGAGGGAGAGGGGAAGAGAGAAGGAGACAGAGAAAGAGAGGGAUAGAGAGAGGGGGAGGGGAGGCGACAAAGAGAGGGAAGUGGAGGGAGGAGAGGGGAGGUUGAAGGACGGGGACAGGACACGGGAGAAGGAUGGAGGAGGGGAUAAGGAGGCUGACAAGCUGAGAGAGAGGGAGGAGGAGAGGGAUCGAGAGCGAGGCAGAGAGAGCGAUGGAGAAGGGGAGAGAGAGAAGGUAAGAGAGAAAGAAGCAGAGAGGCAGAAGGACAGAGGGAGAGAGAGGGAUGGCGAUGCUAGAGAGAAGGAGAGAACGAAGGAGAAAGAAGGCGAAAGGGGAAGAGAGAGACGAGAUAAGGACUAUGAGAAGGAGAGGGGGAGAGAGAGGGAAAAGGAUCGGGAUCGCGACCGAGACAGAGGGAAAGACAAGGAGAGGGGAAGAGACAGAGAUCGUGAGCGCGGGAAAGAUAAGGAUAAAGAUGGGAGGGAGAGAGAGAGAGAGAGAGGGAGGGAGAGAGAGAGGGAGAAAGCACGAGGACGAGAGCGGGAGAAGGAACGAGAGAACAGGAAUGACAGAGGCAAGCAGACCAGCGAUGGGAUCCCGACGACGGCGACGGACCUGCAGGAUAGAAUUGCCAGGAUGCGCCAGGAUCGUCUCAAGGCAAAGAGGCUGCCGCCGAUGAGCAUUCCCGACGAGGAGGAAGGAGAAGAUGAAGGAGAUAUCCUUGCAUGGGUGCAUAAAUCUCGGCGCCUGGAGGUGGAAAAGAAGGCCUAUGAAGUAGAAGGAAGGCGAUCGGGGCAGGAUCGGCAGGGUGACGUUUCGGGGUCGGAGAGUGAAGAUGGAGGUGUGCACAGUGCAAAAGAUCUGGCAGGGGUCAGGGUACGGCAUGAGCUCGACAAGCUCUUGGUGGAAGGUGGAGCAGUGGUGCUUACACUCAAGGAUCAAAGCGUGAUUGCGGGUGACGAUGUAAAUGACGAGGCGGAUGAGCUGGAAAACAUAGAGAUUGCGGAGCAGAAGUCGCGAGAAGCUUUGUACAAGGCAUCGAAGAAGAGUCGGAGGAUAUAUGAUGACAAAUUUGGAGGUCAAGAAGACCAGGAGCGACGGAUUCUGCCCCAGUAUGAUGAACCUGGCCAGGAAGAGGGAAUUGUGCUAGAUGAACAGGGCGGAUUAGAUGCUAGAACGAGGGCUCGUCUUGAUGAGGUUCGAGCCAGACUCCUCCGCACUGGUAUGAAGGAGAGUGUGGCGAAUCCAACGGUUGCUGUAGCUUCAGAUUACCUUACUCAGGAGGAGAUGCAGCUGUUCAGAAAGCCGAAGAAGAAGAAGAAGCUGCGGAAAAGGGAAUUGAACCUUGAUCUUGAUGCAAUGGAGGAGCAUGCAAGACUGGCGGCCGAGAAGGCUGGAGCAGUCGAUCAUGGAUCGAGAGCUAGGGGAAGCAGGAAGCUGGAGAAAGAGGAGGCGGAACGAGAGCAGGACGCAGCUGCUAGAGAGGCUGCCUACGAACGGGCAAUGGAGAAGGCAGCAGAUGCUGCACGGCUCCUGAGAGAAGAUGGUGUUGGCUGCGACACAGAGAUGAAUGAAGCUGAGGAAGGGGAACUUGUGAUACCCCCAAGCCCCAGGGAGGAGCAGAAAGAUACAGACAUGGCGGAGAGCGAAAGGGAGAAUGAGGAGCAGGAUGUUGACCUAGUUCUGGACGAAGACGAGGAUUUAACUCGGUCUUUGGAACAGGCAAGGAAACUCGCAAUACAAAGAAGCGAAGGAGAGGCAAAAGUUGGUGUGUUAGCGGUCGCAGCCGCUGUGGAGUCACUGGGAGCGAACAAAGAAGGCGCAGAAGAAGAGGACGGCGAAGAAAAUCAAGAAAAGUUGGUGUUCACUGACAUGAGCGAGUUUUGCCGAAGUCUGGCUAUUGAUGAUGGCAGUGGAAGGCGGAGGACAUCCUUGGACGAUUUAUUGGGCGGCGAAGACGAAGCAGGAGAGCAACGAGAGCAAGCCGCGGCGAAGGAUGCGGACGUGGACACUGGAGGAUGGAAGGAAGUGGCGAAAAAGGAUGUUGUCGUUGCAAACGACCAGGAAGAGGAAAAUGGCGGUGAAGAAAUGUCGUCGGUUGCUGCGAAAUUGGAACCAAUCACUGAGGAAGUCGUUGUCGGUCCUGGCAUCGCCAAUGCCUUAAAGCUUCUGCAGCAAAGAGGGGCUCUGCAAGAGACUGUGGAAUGGGGAGGAAGAAACAUGGAUAAGAAGAAAAGCAAACUCGUUGGAAUAACGGACAGUUUCUUUUCUGGUCAGAAAGAGAUACGACUGGACCGGCUUGACGAGUUUGGUCGAUUGAUGACUCCGAAGGAAGCCUUUCGACAGCUGUCCCACAAGUUCCAUGGCAAAGGUCCUGGGAAAAUGAAACAGGAAAAAAGGAUGAAGCAGUUUCAAGAGGAGUUGAAGCUUAAACAAAUGAGUUCCGGCGAUACUCCGUUGAUGUCGAUGGAAAAACUGCGACAGGCGCAAGCAAAUCUCAAUACGCCGUACAUUGUUCUAAGCGGCAACAUCAAGCCAGGACAAACGAGUGAUCCAAAGAGUGCUUUUGCGACCGUUGAGAAGGAACAUCUUGGUGGUUUGACACCAAUGCUUGGAGACAAGAAGGCGGAUUUUAUGGCGAACGUAAGGAGGCGGCCUGAACAAGGAAACAUGGGUCCUCCAGCUCCGAAGAAAGCUCGUGUGGAGUAGGGUGGUUGUCUCGACUAGCGUGUAUUCGUUUGGAAAAACUGGUUUGUGAUGUCUGUUGUGCCGUGGAUCGUGGAGGCAGGUUGGUGAUCGUGAUUGUUUCAUCCGCCGUCUUGUACUUGUACCAAGGAGCAAGGCAAAUUGGUGUGAGUGAUGUUUUCUUCCCCCCCCCCCCCAGUCAUCGUCAUGAUGCUGGUGCUGAUAAAUUUUCAAAAAAUAAGCAAAGAACUGGUGCAUAUGACAGGUGGUCAUUUGGGUCUCCCUUAUUCAGUGGUGCAGUCGGGCAGUCGGUUGUCACAUUGGCUGGGUGUUGCAAGUGUUAUCGAUGUCGUGCUAUUUCUGUCCAGCCUAUUGUCAAAUGUUUUGAAAUUCUGAAUAGCCUCUUUUUUGUCAUUUAGUGGUUCCUAUUUGGAACCUUUGGUGGGGACCACUUAGGAGCGAAGGCAAGUCCCCAUCUGUGGAGUUAUGAGCUCAGUCCUUUUCGAAAUCUCUUGUAGGUCUCACUCGGAGCGCUGUGGAAUGUACCUUCUGUAGAGUUACGGGCAGAGUAUUCAGGAAGUUGGACAUGAUUUCAUUUACAGUGUUUGGUGUUUGGUAUGGUGGCAGCUGUGACAUUAUAUAUUGUUGGUGGUGUUAUGCCAUGCGUAUUCUUCUUGUAUAGGCAGCACACUUGCUUGCGGUGUUUUUCAGUGGACGACCUUUCCCACAAUGGUCAGCUUCAUUAUGAUUCAUGCGGCUUAGAAGUUUCCCUUUGGAAAGUGUGGAUUGAGUGAGCGUGAGUUCUGAGUCUCUAGUGCCUGGUCAGCGUUUCAACACUCCAAUCGAAAAGAACCACUGGCUUCUGUGCUGACUGGCCUACAAUGUGCUGAUAAAUUGAUAAUACCUGA